UAUUAUUUGUUAAUCAUUGGAAAAGAAACAUAUUUUGAUGAAUAUUUUUUUACAAGAAUCCAUGGCCAUACGUGUAAAACUACCAUUAACAAGAAAAUCUCAUAGCAACCCCACAACAAUUACAAUUAGGUGCCCCCACUCCCCACACGUGUCACUCACACAACACACAUCCUUCCCCUACAAAAUCUCUCUCCCUCUACAUCUUCUACUUUCUCUCACUACUCUUCCAUCUUCUUCUCACCAUUGUUUCAACCAUCUUUCCAUUUUCUUUCUUUCUUUCUUUUUAACAAAUUCCAUAGUUUGUGGGAUUGGAACCAAAAUCAGGGAAGGCGGAUUGAUUGCUGACAAACAAACAUUUUAAUAACAACAACAAGAUGCCUUCCAAGAAAGGAUACGCCGCCGUCGUGCACUCCGAUCCCAACGUCUCCUCCUCCUCCGCCGCCUCCAGCGACGCCGAGGACUACGCGCCGCCGCGUAACAGCAGCUUCUCCGCCUACGACGACCCCAACAACCGCCUCAGCGGCGAGGGCUCCCCGAUGAUGAUGUCACCCUGGAACCAGAACUCCUCCCCCUUCACCAAAUCCCCCUGGUCCAACUUCGACAACGCCGCCGCCGCGCCGCAGUGCGGCCUCGUCGGAUCCCUGGUCAGGGAAGAGGGCCACAUAUAUUCACUGGCGGCGAAGGACGACCUCCUCUACACCGGCUCCGACAGCAAGAACAUCCGCGUGUGGAAGAACAUGGAGGAGUUCUCCGCCUUCAAGUCGAACUCCGGCCUCGUCAAGGCCAUCAUCAUCUCCGGCGACAAGAUCUUCACCGGCCACCAGGACGGAAAGAUUCGCGUCUGGAGAAUCAACCCCAAGACACCCAGCGUCCACAAACGCGUCGGCACGAUGCCGACGUUCUUCGACAUAUUCAAAGCUUCGAUCCGUCCGAGGAACUACGUCGAAGUGAAGCGCAAGAAAACGGCGCUGUGGAUAAAGCACACCGACGCCAUUUCUUGCCUGAGCAUGGACAAAGAGAAGGGCCUCCUCUACUCCGCCUCCUGGGACCGAACUUUCAAAGUGUGGAAGGUCGACACCAACAAGUGCGUCGAGUCCGUCAAGGCGCACGACGACGCCGUUAACUCCGUCGUGUCCACCGUUGACGGCGUCGUCUACACGGGUUCCGCAGACGGCACCGUUAAAGUGUGGAAGAGGGAGCAGAAGGGGAAGGUGGUGAAGCACACGCUGACGCAGACGCUGCUCAGCCAGGAGUCCGCCGUCACGGCGCUGGCGGUCAACGACUCCGGGACGGUGGUGUACUGCGGCUCGUCUGACGGGCUGGUCAACUUCUGGGAAAUGGAGAAGCAGCUCUCCCACGGCGGCGUGAUGAAGGGCCACAAGCUGGCGGUGCUGUGCCUGGAGGCCGCCGGAAGCCUGGUUUUCAGCGGGUCGGCGGAUAAGACGAUAUGCGUGUGGAGGAGGGAGGGGGCGGUGCAUACCUGCCUCUCGGUGCUGACCGGGCACACCGGGCCGGUGAAGUGCCUGGCGGUGGAGGAGGACAAGGAGUCCGCCGCCGCGGGCGGCGGAGAUAAGAAGUGGGUGGUUUACAGUGGGAGCCUUGAUAAGUCGGUGAAGGUGUGGAGUGUGUCGGAGAUGGCGCCGGACUUACACCAGAUGGCUUUGUUGCAGCAUAGAGAUGGAGGAGAUAUUAACUGGGAUUCAAUCCCAUCUGUUAAGUAUUGAUUAUCUCAAUAAUCUAUGAUUAAUCCUAUAAUUAAUUAAUUAAUUAUUAAUUAAUUAAGUGAUUGAUCCAUUUGUUGAGAUGGAUCAAUUUUUUUUAAUUUUAUUUUUACAAAUUUAAUGGAGGAAGAGCAAAAAUAACUAGAAAAAAGUACCUUGUAAAUUAAUUAUUAUGAGUUUAUUUUAUUAUAUAUAUGGAGUGUUUUGAUGUGUUGUAUGUUGAUUAAUGAAUUUUCUUGACUUAAUAUUAUUUUUUUUGGUUUUUAUUGAUUAAGUUUGUGUGAAAAUAAAUUAUUGGUAUGAAUUUGUUGAA